AUGGGCGCCUAUUGUAACAAUGGGUGCUGUCAAGAUCCCGAAGGGAAGGCCUUUGAGGCUGAAGUGGUGCGGAUCCCCUUGAUCUGCCUCGAUCGGAUGGGAUCCGAUGAGCGGAGGCUCCGAGGCUCCACCAGCGACUCCUCAGUGGUGGUGGCUGUGGGUCCUGAGGCCUCCAAAGAUGUUGGAAUGCCACUGUCGCUGAAUCUUCCUGGGAAGACUGAAGAAAGGCCCACGCAUGUCUUUGACCAUGGUGCUGCAUACACUGGCAGCUGGGUGGGCCAACAACGACAAGGAUAUGGCGUCCAGGUCUGGCCGGAUGGUGCGCGCUAUGAAGGAGACUGGAAGGAAGACAAAGCACAUGGCUGGGGCAGGUUUGUGCACGCCGAUGGCGAUGUUUACGAGGGCGAGUGGGCAUCAGAUACUGCUCAUGGGAAGGGCACCUACCAUCACUCCGAUGGGUCCAAGUAUGAAGGUCAAUGGGAGUACGACAGACAACAUGGACACGGUGUGGAGCACUGGGUGGAUGGCGCGCGCUACGAGGGCAAGUACACUGCAGGGAAGAAGCACGGCAAAGGCUACUUCACCUGGGCAGAUGGCUCUUCUUACGAUGGAGAGUUCAUGAGCAACGACAUCCACGGCAUUGGGACCUACACCUGGGGAGAUGGACGUCGCUACGAGGGGCAGUGGGAAGGCAACCGAAUGCAUGGUCGGGGCAAAUUCACUUGGCCUGAUGGCCGGGAAUACGCCGGAGAGUACAUCAAUGACAUUAAGGCUGCCAUGAAACCGAAGAAACGGCGACACCAAGUUCACCUGGUAGAGUUUGAUCUGAAUCAGACCGAUGAACAGCCGGAUGGAAACAUCCGGAGCCAAGGUACGAUGGACAAUGGCGAAAUGGGAAGCAACAUGGCUUGGGUUGGCUCGGGGACCCGGCGGCGACUCGAAAUGAACUUAACAAGUGCAGACAAUGGAUUGAAGAAGCGCUACCUGAAGCCUGAGAAGCCUGAGAAGCCGACGAACGCGCAGGUGCUGGAGCUGUGUCACAUCCUUGCGUCGUCCAAACUCGCAGGGACCGUGAAAAUCGACGGGCGAUAUUGGCGUUGUGAAAAUGACGGGAAGCCGCGUUUUGGAAGUCUGAGAACAUCCAACAUCGCGAGUUUCGCACCGUCAGUGGCACCCCCCGUGAAGCGCUGCAAGCGCAAGCGCGCCUGGAUGAGUUGCCACCGGGGCCCUGGCCCUGGCAGCAGCAGGUGUGGUUGGGAUCAGGUUUUGGGAGACACCAAGCGACGAGUCCACGACUACAUGACCAGCCCCGAAGUCGGCUUUAAGCAAAGCAGCACAUGUCUGAGACGCCGAAACAGGCUGUUUGAUGCUGCACAUUGUGCCAACCACAUCUCCAUGUUCCAAGGUUACUUAAUGGUGAUCUACCACUGA